AUGGUGUCUCCAGAUGAUGGAUCCCUUGAUGAGUUGUUGUACAGCAGUUUCCAUGACAACAGCGAGGGCGGGGCAGAACCUGCAGGCCAAUCAAACAGCGGCUCCAGUGGGGAUGAUAUAUCUACGCCCAGUCCGUCGCUCGUGGCAGCUCCUCUGAUAUGUGGAGGAUGUGGCGAGCGGGUCAGUGACCGUUUCGUCCUGCUAGCCGCUGGACAGGCCUGGCACGGGUCCUGUUUACGCUGCAGUCAGUGCCAGUGUGAGCUUCAAAUGCACUCUUCUCUCUACUACAGAGACGGCAGCAUCUACUGCCAGCUGGACUACUGCAGGCUUUUUGGUGUUGGGCGAUGCGCCCGCUGCUGUCAGCCAAUCCCGUCGUCCGCUCUGGUCAUGAGGUCCGGUGACAUGACAUUUCACCUUCAGUGCUUUUCCUGCCAGGAAUGUGACGUCACUCUGCUUCCAGGAAACCUGUACUGUGUUGAAGGCCGGAGCCUUUACUGUCAAUCACAUUACCAAACUGACGAAUCCCUCCAACUUACCAACUUACCGGAUGGGGAGGAGCCAGUGAGCAGUCCUGAGCCGCGACUGGACGAGAGGGUCCCUGGGGGUGGGGCUCAGAGACGUGUUAAGCGAAUGAGGACGUGUUUUCGGAGGGAGCAGCUUAGGGCUUUGGAGGCCUACUUUGCUCAGAAGCACAACCCGGACGGCAAAGACUGGAUCAACCUGUCCAAUCACACCGGCUUACCAAAGAGAGUCUUACAAGUGUGGUUUCAGAACGCGAGGGCCAAGCUCAGGCGUUCCCUGUCCUCCGACACUCCACACACAGCCAUCUCCACGUUCCCCUCUGAAGCUGAAACCAUGGCGACAGUCACUAUGGCACCCUGUGAGGAUGUUCUUACCCAGCAGACCAGCACUAUUGACCAGCUGGAGCUCUCUUUACUCACAGCUCCCAUCUGCGAAACUUCCCUGAACCACAACGGGGACCACACCAGUCCAGUGGAAACAUACAACAACUCAGCCCUCCUGGACUACAGUACCCAGAGCGUUCAUGUACUCUCUUCCUUGAGGGAUAUUGACCUUGAACCCGGAAUUAUAAUGGAAUUACAACAUGAAGAGUCAGCCAGCAUGCCUUGA